AUGGACCAAGAUCCCGACCACGAGCCGGCGAUCCGGAGUCUCGGCGGCCUGGAGGUCAUCGACUCGAAUGGGGAUCUCUAUCUCUUUGUAGGAGAAGACGUUGAAGAAAAGCCCAAAAAUUACUUUGUAUGUUCCAAAGCGCUCGCGAGAGCCUCGACAGUCUUUCGAAAGAUGCUCUAUGGCGGCUUCGCUGAGUCGCGACCACAUCAUAUGGAUGGCGCCCCGCGAGAUUGGACUGUGGAACUCCCCGAUGACCGGCAAGAGGCUUUGGAAAUGCUACUGAACAUUUCGCACGGGCGCUUUGAAAAGGUUCCCGAACAACUGGAACUCACGAGUCUCUACCAGUUCCUUGUGGUCACUGAGAAAUAUGACGCGACUAGUAUCACGCGGCCAUGGGCCCGCGGGUGGAUGGAAGCAGUCAAGACGAGCAUGCAGAACCCGCUGCUUCUUGGCGUUGCUUAUGAACUUGGGGACGCCCAAAUGUUCAAUAACAUGGCGAUGAAGAUUGCCACUGAGUGCUUAGUUGACGACGAUGGAGAUUUGGUGUUUGGUUAUAGCGGAGCGAACCGUGAAACUUACUCAUACAAGCUUUGCCACAUAGAAUAUCUGUUCCCAUUUGGCUUCGUCGAACCCUACGCCAGCCUCUACAUGACGCUCAAACACGGAGAUCGAUGCAUGUCAUCGCCGCAAGACCCCACGGGCGGCAAACGGUGCGAUAGCAUCCUACUAGGCUCCCUCAUUCGAUCCUUCGCGGCGCAGACAAUCGAUCUCACGGCCCCGGAUCCCGUCGCAGCGUACCGCGGGAGCGCCUCGGCGCUUCAGUCAGUUCUGCUCAAGCUCGAGCUGUUCACGGUCCAUUCGGGCUUCUCGCAUCCGUCGUCCACAUCAUUCAGCUUCGGGCAGACGACACAUCCGCGGUUCGGCUUCACUUUGAGCGCUUGCGAGCAUGUGCUGCAGUCAGGGCUGCGGGAGGGUGUGGAGAGGUCGCUUAUGCUAAGGGGGGAUAUGAGCUUUGUGCAGCCAAAGCACAAGGAAUAUUUGCAAAAGCAGGCGCAAAAGACGGGUCUUUCUAAGUAG